GACCCCGGGUACAUUUUGAUUGCUUCGCAGUUCGCGUGUAUUUAAUGCGAUCCGCAACGUCGUAAAGAGGACUCCGAUCACACAUCAAAAAUUCAACAUGAGUGCCGAAGAGGAAGUACUGAGGAUCCAGAAAAAACUGAAUAAAAUGUCGAGCGGCGACGGGACGGGCCAAGAACAAGCCUUGGAAUUGUUGAAGGUUCUGCAAAAGCUACCAGUAAAUUUGGAACUCCUGACAAAAACGAGGAUUGGAAUGACUGUAAAUGCGCUGAGGAAAUCAAGCAAAGACGACGAAGUUAUAUCACUUUCAAAGACGCUCAUAAAAAAUUGGAAGAAAUUCUUAUCUGGUCCUAACAAAGAUAGCAAGGAUUCAAGUUCUUCGAGUGGAUCAAAAAAAAAAGAUGAGAAAUUGGAUAAGAUUAAGGAAGAAGGGGAUCAAAAGAAGGAAAAAGAUGGAGUUAUUGACGGGGGCGAUUCUAAAUCCAAGGAAGAUAAGACAAGUAAAGAUUUGUCAAGGAAACAGUCUUCUUUUCCAGCUGCCACCACCACAGAUGCGGUCAGAUUAAAAUGCCGAGAACUGUUGGCUGCUGCACUGAGAGUUGACGGAGGAGCCAUCGAAGGUUGCGCCAGUCCAGAAGAACUCGCCGAGGAGCUGGAGGAAGCAAUUUAUGCCGAGUUCAGAAAUACGGACAACAGAUACAAGAACAGAGUGCGCAGUCGAGUUGCAAACUUAAGAGAUGCGAAAAAUCCAACCUUGAGGACAAAUUUUCUUGUCGGAGCGAUUCCUCCUAGCCGUCUGGCUGUAAUGACUGCUGAGGAAAUGGCAAGUGAUGAGAUUAAACAGUUGCGGGAGCAGUUCAAGAAAGAAGCCAUUAAUGAUGCACAACUGGCAACUGUUCAGGGAACAAAGACAAGCCUAUUAAAAUGUGGAAAGUGCAAGAAGCGCAAUUGCACAUAUAAUCAGGUUCAGACACGAUCCGCCGACGAACCUAUGACAACAUUUGUCUUGUGCAACGAAUGUGGGAACCGUUGGAAGUUCUGCUAAAGCUUCCUACCACAACGUCCCAGCUCUGUCUCUUUGCAUUAUUUAACCCACUAUAAACUGAAGUUCAUCGUAGCGCUAAUAUGAAUGGU